AUGGUGAGUGGUGGAAAUGAAGGGUCUAAAGAAAAGAAGAAGUGGGCAGAGAGUAAAGUUUAUACAAGAAAAUCAUUCAAAGGGCUUAAAAAUAGUAAAAGCUUAUCAAGAGAACAACAGCAAAAAACCCAAGAAAUGGUUUCCGAGGAUUUGAAUUUGACGAAAAGAUUAGUUAGUUCUGGUGUUGAUGCUGCCUCGGAUAACUUUUCGGGUUUGAAUCGUGAUGGGUUGGCUGGGAAGGGCAGAAUUCUGAGGCCAGACAAUAGGGUUACCAUAAAUUUGUCGAUGAAGUCGAAACAGGAGGUGCGGGAGCUGAAGAGGAAGUUGGAGGGUGAGCGGAAUAUGGUUUGGAGUUUGAUGAAGAAGAUUGAGACGAAUGAGAAGCAAAAGAAUGAUCAUGGGCUUGAUAAGAGCUCUGGGAAUAAGGUUCCUGUGGGACCGCCUCGUAUGUUAAAACCGUUGAAUCAGUUAAGCGUGUCAGUAGUUGAGGAUAGUCAGGGUGGGAGUGAGAACGUGGAGAUAGAGAAGAGGACCCCCAAGGCAAAUCAGUUCUACAAAAACUCCGAGUUUUUACUCGCAAAGGAUAAUUUUCCUUCUGCGGAAAGUAACAAGAAACUGAAAUCAAAUAGGAAAAAGGGAGAAGGGAGUGAAUCGGGAAAUAGAUUUGGAUUGGGAAAGUUUUCAAAUCUAGCUUUUAAGGGUUGCAGUGCGCUCUUGGAGAGAUUGAUGAAGCACAAGCAUGGUUGGGUAUUUAACAAGCCAGUUGAUACGGUUGCUCUUGGUCUGCAUGACUAUUUUGAGAUUAUAAAAAGCCCUAUGGACCUUGGUACCGUGAAAGCUAAGCUGAAUCAGAACUUAUACAAUUCUCCCGUAGAAUUUGCCGAGGAUGUGAGGCUCACAUUUCGGAAUGCUAUGACAUAUAAUCCAAAAGAGCAAGAUGUUUAUAUGAUGGCUGAGCAGCUGUCUAGUAUAUUUGAGGAUAAAUGGGCAACUAUAGAGGCUGAUUAUAUGCGCGAGCUGAAGCUUGCUGUGGAUGUUGAAGCGGGUUCCCCUGCACCUAGAUCUAGGAAGGCUCCUCCACAAUCACGACUGUUGCCUGAUACAAGAAGAGUUCUUGAUAUAUCUGAAUCGAUGACACAUCCUAUUGAUCCUCAACAAAGAUCUGGACAUCUUGUUCAAUCUGGCAGGAUUGCUACAGCAAAGAAGCCAAAGGCAAAGGAUCCUAAUAAAAGAGAGAUGACAUUUGAGGAAAAGCAAAAACUUAGCAUAAAUUUGCAGAGUUUACCUUCUGAGAAGCUUGAAAACGUUGUUCAGAUCAUUAAAAAGAGGAAUCCAACUCUUUCACAAUUCGAUGAUGAGAUUGAAGUUGAUAUCGAUAUUGUUGAUACUGAAACUCUUUGGGAGCUUGAUAGGUUCUUAGCAAAUUAUAAGAAGAGUUUGAGCAAGAACAAAAGAAAAGCUGAAAUCGCUACUCAAUUAAAAGAUGGAGCUCAGCUGAAUCCCCAGGAAACAAUUCCAUCUCCAGUGGUUACAGAAACUCCAAAAGAGUUUGAUGAAAGUCAAACAGUUGAAAAGAAUGGUUCCUCGCCUCUUGCACAAGUGGAAAAACUGGGGGGUAAUGAUGCAGGCCAAACCGCCAACGCAAGUGGCUCUAGCCCUGAUUCGGGAUCUUCGUCAAGUGAUUCAGAUAGUGAAAAUACCUCAGGAUCUGGAUCUGAUGCUGGACGUUCCCCAAAUAAUUGA